AGAAACAAAACAAAAAGAAACGCCCAAAUUGAUCGGUUCAUGUGUCUCCCUGGUGAAACGUCGGUUGCAAUUUAAAAUCAAUGGCUUCCGAUUCCGAAUAACCUGCAUUCGCCGACGAAGGCCUUCUUCAAGCGUCGGUUCGGCCGAUGCAUUGCCGUCUAUAAGUCACUUUCCGAACUUUUCCUUGCUUGGUGUAGAGCAGCUGGGUUCCCAAGAGGAAAGGAGAGGAAUAUUAAAUGUAAUGGCCUCUGAGAGGGAAGUUUUUGAACUUUCAGGGCCAUUACACAUGGCUCCUAUUGAUUGGGAGAAUGCUGAUCACAGAAGGUCAGUUGCUGCUUGUUUGGUCCAAGGUGUUUACAUUUUAGAACGGGACCGCCAGGAGAAGCGUCAAGGCUCGGAGGCCUUUGCUCCCCGCUGGUGGGAAUUCUGCCACUUUCGGUUGCUUCGUCAGCUCGUUGACGAUGUCGACUCUUCCAUUUUUGGUGCCGUUUAUGAAUUCAAACCUUUGCUGCUCCAAGGUCACCACAAGGUUGAUGGAAGUCCCCGCUUUGUGAUUGCCUUCCGGGGCACCUUAACCAAACCAGAUUCCGUCUCUCGUGACAUAGAGUUAGAUCUUCACCUCAUUCAAAAUGGUCUGCAUCGGACAUCACGUUUCGAGAUUGCGAUGCAAGUGGUUCGGAACAUGGUUGCUACUGUUGGUGACUCAAAUCUCUGGUUAGCUGGCCAUUCCCUCGGGUCAGCCAUGGCAAUGCUUGCUGGAAGAACCAUGGCAAGAACAGGCAUUUUCCUCAAAUCAUAUCUCUUCAAUCCUCCAUUCUUUGCCGCACCGAUCGAGAGAAUCAAGGACAAGAAACUAAAACAUGGAUUAAGGAUUGCCGGCAGUGUUAUCACUGCAGGACUUGCUCUUGCUUUGAAGGCUAAAAGUAAUGAUAACCAAAGAAAUGGAGUUGAGGAGCCAUUUUUUGCCAUAGCAGCAUGGGUUCCUUCUUUGUUUGUCAACCCAUCAGACCAUGUAGGAUCAGAGUACAUUGGAUAUUUUGAACACAGGAAGAACAUGGAAGAUAUCGGUGCUGGAAGUAUCGAGAGAUUAGCGACGCAGAAUUCAAUUGGUGGUCUUUUGAUGAAUGCAUUUGGGAGGGAAUCUGAGCCAAUUCAUCUCAUUCCAUCAGCAAAUUUGGUUAUAAAUCUAUCUCCAGCACAAGACUUUAAACAAGCUCAUGGCAUUCAUCAAUGGUGGCAACCACAUUUGCAAUUGCAGUCAAAGAUCUAUGAGUACUCCUAAUUUUUUUUUUUCCUGCUUUUGAACUUGUGAGAUGUGUAAUUUCUUAAUGUUGUAUGUAUGGUGGAUUGACAUUUGAGAGUUGCUUCUUCUUUGUUUAUAACUUGAUGAGAGAAACCUGUUUAUUGAUAACCACUCCAAGGUAGUUCAUUUCAGGUAUGUCCCCCAUCCUCUUAGGUUUGGAUUCCUCAAAA